AUGUCCCGAAGCGCUCGCGUCGCGCUCGCGCCGUCGAUUCGCGCGCGCGCCGCGCGGGCGAAACGCGACACGCGCGACCGCGCGUCGCGCCGCGCCGCGUCGUCGGACGCCGCGAAUCGCGACGCGGAGACGGAGACCGAGGCGCGCGCGAGCGAGCGCGUGCUGCGCUCGUGCCUCGACGCGGUGGCGUCCGGCGACGAAGCCGAGCUCGAGCGGUGCCUGCUCGAGUGCGAGGACGGUUUCGAUGAACACGGCGUCAGCGCGACGGCGACGAUCGAGACGCUGCGACGACGACCGGAGGUGAAGGGCGACGCGUUUUGGACGGCGAAGCUCAAGGAGCUGAGCGCCGAGCGCGUCUUCGAGGACUGCAUGACGGCGGUGAUGCGAGGCGACGUCGACGAGGUCGAGGCGUGCAUCGUGGACGCUGAAAACGACGAGUUGUUGAGGGAUUAG